AUGGCGGCAUCAGAACAGGCAUCUGCUGUCCGCGGUGCCUCGCUGCUCAUCGUCCUUCAGAUCGUCUCGCGCGCCAUAACCUUCGUGGCCAACCAGCUGCUUCUCCGCUUCUUGACUGCCCAGCUUCUCGGCGUCUCAACUCAGCUUGAGGUCUACUAUCUCUCCGUUCUGUUCUUCGCCCGGGAAAGCCUGCGUGUUGCUAUCCAGAGACAAGGCACCAGUCAUGAAAGCCAGUCCGUAGUCAAUGUUGGACAUCUGGCCCUGGCCCUCGGCUUGGGCGCCGCCGCCGGCCUUGGCGGUGCUUAUCUACACUACGUCGACAGCGUGACCGCUUCUACCGCUUACCUCAGCACAGCCUUGUACAUAUACGGGCUGGCUGCUAUCGUAGAGCUCCUCUCAGAGCCAGCAUUCGUGGUUCUUCAACAUCGGCUUCGCUUUGGGCCCCGUGCAGCCGCCGAGGCAAUCGCCACAUUCUGCCGAUGUCUGGUCACGUUCGGGGCGGCAAGCUGGGCUUGGCGCUCCGGUCGAGAGCUGGGUGUACUUCCGUUCGCCCUGGGCCAGCUCGGAUACGGUACGGCUCUUCUGGCUGUCUACAUCUGGUACGGGUGGGGCCUGGCCUCGUCUGAAAGAUUCUCCCUGCUUCCCAAAAGGAUAACACGCACAGACGAGAAGACGAGUGCACCGGCGAGGGCGGCUACGCCCGACUACACCCUCGGCUACUUCUACAGACCAACUCUCCAGCUUGCCUCGAGCCUCACGGCCCAGUCAUUCGUGAAGCAUAUUCUCACCCAGGGCGAUACCUUCCUCGUCUCCGUCCUAUCAAGCCCCGAAUCACAGGGCGUAUAUGCGCUUGCCAAUAAUUAUGGCAGUCUUUUGGCUCGACUAGUCUUCCAGCCAGUGGAGGAGAGCAGUCGGAACUACUUUAGCAAACUGCUCUCUGCCGCUGCAUCUUCGACGGACGUCGACAAGAACAAGUCAGACCCGGCGAAUACAAGCAAGCGCAAGGUCGUCCAAGCAAGAGAUAAUCUCCAAUCCCUCUUCAAAUGUUACAUCUUGCUGAGCAUUCUCGUUGUCGCCCUCGGUCCAUUCGGCGCGCCUCUUCUCGUCCAGAUUAUAGCGGGCAGGUCGUGGGCAGCAAGCGGUGCGGGCGCGGUCCUGGCCCAAUACUGUCUCUACAUCCCGCUUCUGGCGCUCAACGGUGUCAGCGAGGCCUUCGUAUCUUCUGUGGCGUCCGAGGGUCAAGUACACCGCCAGAGCGUCUGGAUGGGCGCCUUCAGUGUCAUGUUCGGUGUCGCCGGGUUUGUGUUCCUACGGGUUCUGGAUCUCGGGGCGGUGGGUCUGGUGUAUGCCAACGGCAUCAACAUGCUCUGCCGCAUUAUCUGGAGUGGUAAAUUUAUAUCGCAGUAUUUUGGCAGCAAUGGCGUGGCCUUCCGCUGGGCCGAUGUCGUUCCUCGGGGGUCCGCUAUCUAUGCCCUAAGUACCGCGGCGCUGUGGCAGGCUCUAGUCCAGGUCGCCGAUGUAUCUGUUGGGGGUGUCUCAGAUCAUGUCUACCGAGAUGUGGUCAAGGUGGCAGGCUCGGCGCUUCCCUACGUUGCAUUGAUGGCAUACAUGGAAAGGGGACUGCUUAUUGAUGGCUAUCAGUCUUUCCGAGGGUCCAGAUAG